AUGGGAGGUUUAGUUAGUUUGGAAAUGUUGGAUCUUCAUUGCAAUAUGGUCAGUCAUUUACCUGAAAGUCUUUUAAAUUGUGGAGCUUUGCGGUCUCUUGAUAUGAGUGGAAAUCAAUUAAACGAAUUACCGGCAAAUAUUGGGGAUUUGAAAAAUUUGAUGGAAUUGACUAUUUGUGAAAAUCAAAUUAGACAAUUGCCGAGCUCUAUUGGUCAAUUAAAACGUCUCGAAUCACUCAAAUGCGCAAAAAAUUGUUUGUCAGAAUUAACUCCCUCAAUUUGCUCGUGUGUUCAAUUAACAGAUUUAAUUCUUUGCGAAAAUCGACUAAACGAAUUACCAGCAAGUAUUGGAAAUCUUUCUAAACUCCGUUUUUUGGAUGUUAAUGUAAACAAUUUACGUUCUAUUCCUUCAACAAUUGGUGGGUGCUCAUCUUUAACAAUUCUUUCACUUCGUCAUAAUCAAAUAAAUGAUUUGCCUUUUGAAAUUGGAAGAUUAAAUGUUUUUCUUGAUUUGAUUGACAAUAAUUUGAAAUACUUGCCUUAUACAUUAACGGUUCUUUACAAAGCUAAAACUCUAAAUGCUCUGUGGCUUUCAUUUAAUCAACCAUCAUUACCCAAAUUAAGUACUAUAAAUGCUCCAGUUACGAAUGUUAAGGUGCUCACUUGUUAUUUACUUCCUCAACAAGAACAACCACAAAAACAAUCUUCACAACUCAAAACCUCUUCUUGCGUUGGAGGUGCUCGUGUAUGUUUUGCUGGUGAUCGGGCAGAAGAAUUUGAAGAAGAUAAAGUUCCGAUUGGGAAAUUUGAACGUUAUGAUACUCCACACCCAAAACCUUUUGCUCCAAAAAAUAGAAAUCGAAAUUCUACUGAACUUUCUGCAGGUGUCACUCUUCCUUUAAGUUCGUCUAGAAGUGAUAAAUCUGAGGCCCAGAACAUUUCUGGAAAUAAAUCCAAUGAUCAGUCUGUUAUCGAGGAAAGUCGUCCACUUCGUUCUGUUCUCAAAAGACGACCCCAAUCUGUUCUUUCAUUAAUUUCUACUUCUGAAUUAUUACCUGCAUUAUUGGGAGCAAAUAAUAAUUCAACAGAAAAUGGAGAAACACCAGGAAUGAAAAUGAAAAAAUCUGUUCGGAAAAAUAUUCAAUUGAAGAGAGGAGAUGCAGGAUUUCAAUGGACAAUUGUUGGGGGAUCUGAUUCUCUUCCUUACAAUGGUAAAAACGGUCUUUUCAUUUCUCAAAUUGUUCCUGGUGGUGUAGCUGAAAAGGCUGGAUUCCGAGUUGAUGACCAAAUACUUGCUGUGAAUGGCGAUGACAUUCGAGGACUUAGUCAUUCUGAUGUUGUGAAAUUUAUUAAAAAUGCUGGAAAUGUUUUAGAAUUUUUGGUGGAAAGAGAUCAAUUUAUUGAUGAUCAAAUGCAACGUUCAACUUCUUGUCUUGCAACCCAACAAAUUUUUUCUGCCAAUUCAAAACCUAAUGAGCGUCACUCUUUUCGUAUUAUUCGUGAUGGGAAUGGUUGUGUUCCUUUCACUGUUUCUGGCAAUGGAAGAUGGCCACAAGAUCCUUUCUCUAUUUCGGCAAUAAAAACAAGUUUUGAAUGUCCACUUUUGCCGGGUGAUAGAAUUAUUUCAAUUGAUGGAACAAAUGUCAAAUUUGGUGCUAGAUUAGAUCAGGUUCGAACUCUUUUGACUGGAUUGCCAGGAACAAAUGUAACAGUCGGCAUUGAGAGAGGCAAUUAUUUACCUGACAAUGUCCAAAAUGAUAAUUUACAAGUUACUCCAUUAACUUGCAGUACAGCUUUUAGUGAAUUGAGUCUUUCACGUUCUUUGCCAUCUUUGUGUGUUGUUACUAAUGAUUUGGCUAAUCAACAACAACAACAAAAGAAACCAAUAAUUAAUGGUGUUUCAUCUGUCCCUCCCCAAAAUAAAAAUAUUUCUCAACUUCAACAACAACAUCAUUUCAAUCGCCAUUCAAGUCUUCGAUCCAACCCAACAACUGCAUUUUCUGCAACUAGACCGCCUCUUCCACUUCCUCGACAUCAUCGUUCAUUAAGCAAUUUAGCAGAAAUUGAACAAGGGAAUAAAAUUACUCCCGAAAUGUUACGUUCUUCAACACCGAUAGAAUAUCCACCUGGGGAAGAACCAAAAAUAUUUUGUCAAAAUAAUUCUGUUAACAAUAACGAGGAUAAACAACAAACGUUAUCCAACCAAAUAAAAUCAAAUAAUGUUGUCAAUUUACAACAACCAAAGCCAACUAAUUUUUCAAGUAUUUUGCCUCCUUCACCAGCAAAAAUUUUAUCUUCCCCUACCAAUAAUCGAAAUACUUCUUUUUCUCCAACACAAAAAGCAACGAAUUAUAUAAAUAAUAAUGGAUUUUCUUCAAAACCUUCAAAAAUAGAGAAACCUUUGGCUACUUCAACGCCUAUUCCACCACAAGAAGUUGUUUCAAAUUUAUCACAAAUAAAAUCUUCACACAUCCCAAAACCAAUGACAAAUAGCAGUCCUCCAGUAAUUGAUGUUGGAAAUAGUAAAAUUCCUCCCCCAAUUGCGCCAAAACCUAAGGUAACACAUGAUCCAUCAAUAAAUUCAACAAAAACAACAAAUAUUGCUUCAAUUGAACAGAAUAAUUCAAAGCAGUCGUCCGUGCCGUCAUUCAGUUCCAAACUGAAGCUAUUCGAGCAUUUGCAGACGACCAAUAAUUCUGUUUCGACAAAUGUUGGAAAUGUUACAACAAUUCCACAACGUCCUUCAGGAAUUCCGUUAAAGAAACCUUUAGUUAAUCCUCAAGAAAUGGAAAGACUUCGAGAAACAUCUUUUGGGUCUCUAAAUAAUAAAAAAGUUUUGGGAAAUGAUUUUUCUUUACAAGAAGAGGAUGAAGAGGAAGAACAUUUAAAUUCUGUUGAACAGCUAGACUCGUUACUUAAUGAUAGGUAAAUUGAGAGGGGGGAGAGGGAAGGGGGAUUUCUUUUGUUUAAUUAGGGUAGCACUCAGAGCCUUCGGGAGCGGGAUCGUCGGGGAUUUUUGCCAAGAAAUAGCCGGGGGUCUGCCCCACGUGGAUGGGCGUCGGGGAUCGGGGUAGAGUCUUCGGUGUUCGGGUCGGGGUUUUUUAUUAAAAAUUCGUCGGGGUUUUGGGUGACGGGAUGCUACC